GUAUGUUUGUGUGUGUGUGCUCCAGGACCUGAUGGAGAGCGACAACAUCACUCUGGACUGGAUGUUCAGAUACUCCCUCAUCACCGACAUCGUGAAGGGCAUGUUGUUCCUCCACAACAGCGUCAUUGUCUCCCACGGCAACCUGAAGUCCUCCAACUGUGUGGUGGACAGUCGCUUUGUCCUCAAGAUCACUGACUACGGACUAGAGAGUCUACGGACCGCCAGCUGUCCCGAGGACACACACGCCUACUACGCACGUAAACUGUGGACAGCCCCGGGGCUGCUGAGGACAGAGGCCCCCCCCCCCCGUGGGACGCAGAGAGGAGACGUGUACAGCUUCAGCAUCAUCCUGCAGGAGGUGGCUCUGCUGCGAGGAGUCUUCUUCCUGGACUCCCAAACCCUGACACCCAAAGGUCAGUCUGCCCCCCCCUCAGACCUGAUCGUGCACUCAGACCUGAUCCUGCGCUCAGACCUGAUCCUGUGCUCAAAAAUUCACUUUAGUCUGAUGUCAGUGGGAAAAACAUGUUUACAGGUUUUUAAAGUCCAUUAAUUCAGCUUUUCUGUCACCAUGGAAACAGACUGAGAGACAGAGUAUUUCUACACUGAAGU